UGACAGUUGACAGUGUUAGAAAAACUAACCUUAAAAAAUAAACAACAUUGGACGACGAAUUCGGAGUUGUUUACAAGACUAAUUUAUUAAGGCUAACUUCAACAUACAUUAUUAUUUCCUUUUAAAUUCAACGUGGCAUAUGUUCAAUUUUUACAUAUUAUUGUUUCUAGUGUGAGAAAUACUAAAAAAAAUAUAACCUCUGAUUCAACGCGUUCAUUUAUGUCUAGCUUGAAUUAUGGAGGUCGGAGCUGUAAAACAAGCGUUCAAUAAUGAGGUUAUCCACUUAAAGAAAAGCUUAAAUCAAGCUAAAAUCCAUACUAUACAUAAACUAACUAGGAAAGCAAAGACUUUUAACGAGAAAAAAGGUCCAGAUAAAGUGAAGGAAAAGUUGAAACGGAAAGCAGAGUCAGCUGUGAACGAAGUCUUGAUUAUUAAGAAAAUCAAACCUCGUGAUGUUGCUAGAUUCAUAGUCACACACAAAGGUAAUCUUACUGAUUACAUAAAUAAACCAGAUGUUGACCAGAACAAGGCAUGCGCAAGGCUACUCCUUCAUAAAGCAUUGCAAGACAAAUAUAAAACUAUAAAAGAUAGAUUCGGUAACAUAUCUAUCAAUGAUUUACUAAUGUCAAGGCAUGAACGCAGAAAGCUCAAGAAAGAAAUGAGGGACAAACAAAAAGAGAAGAAAAAAGGUAAAGGUAAAACAGAUAAUAAAGGUCAAAAUGAUAAAGAUGCUGAAAUGGUUGAGAAAGAUGUUGUCAAUGAUGACAAAGACAAUGUAAGAAUAUCAGAUGAUGAAAAUGACUCUAGUGAUAUGUCAGAUGACUCAGAGAAUGAAGAAAUUUAUGAUAAUGCUGUUAGUGAUGCAAAAGAAUCAAACAAUGAAUUAAAUUUAGAUAACGAAGAUGUUGCUAAUGAUAUAGACAGUGACCAUGAUGAUGACAGUGUUAAUAAUAAUGAUAAUGAUGAUGAUGAUGAUGAUGAAGAAGUUGGGAAGUUCGUAAGAGCUACUCCAAUAAAGGAAAGCAGUGAUACAAAACCCAUACAUGAGGUAUGUAAGCCAAAUAUUCUAAAAAUGGACAAUAAAAAGCGAGAUAAGAGGAAAGACAAUAAAAAUAAAAAUAUCAAUGAGAAGAUUUUAAAACGAAACUUUAACAAGAAGGAAGAUGAAAGUAUAAAAGUUGUUAAAGUUGUUGACCCUUUCUUUAAAACAUCAAGUGGUGAUAAUUACAUGUCCCUAGCUGAGCCUAGGGCUCCGGAUGAAGUUAAAGAAGUACAUAAGCAAGGUAAUAGGCAAUAUCGGAGAGCUGUUAUGUUUGGACAUGUAGCUAAAAGUAAACCUAGAAAUUACGAUCAAGACAGUAGAGAAAAUAAUCAGUUUAAAAAAGCAUACAAUAAAAGUGCAAGUUCAUAUGAUAACAAUGGCGAUAGAUUCAAUAAAAAUAAUAAUUUCAAAUCAUUUCAUAAUAAUGAUAGGAAAAACAAAUUCAAUGACAGUCAGUCAAAGGAUAAAUUUGAUGAAAAACCAGAAAAGUUGCAUCCUUCAUGGGAGGCUAAGAAGAAACUGUCAUCCGUUUUGCCAUUUCAAGGUAAAAAAAUUGUUUUUGAUGAUAGUUGAAGGAUUAAAUACUAUUUUGAA